AUGUUCCAAGUUGUAUUCAACUACCGCAUGGGUGCAACAAGGACUCCUAGCAUGGACGGCCUCGACAUGCGGUUUCACAACUACGCGGAUGCAAAAACUCCGUACGACUUGACUGUCUCGGUCGACGAGAUGGAUGAUGGGAGUGGGAUGCUCACUUUCACUACUCAAAGCAACCUCUACGACCAAGAAGGGACUGAGCUCCUGGUCGAUACCUACAAACACUUUCUCCAGCUUUUCGCGGAGGAUACCACUAGCAGUAUAGAGGAAGUCCCGCAGUUUCAUGCGAGUCAGCUUGCACAGGCUGUCGAGCUGGGGAGCGGGCCAGCGGCCACGUCUGGAUCACUCGAGACGCUGGCAGGGCAGAUUGACAGUUGGCUGGUUCGGGACCCCUCAGCCAUAGCCAUCAAGGACGUCAAUCAUAGGUCCAUGAGCUACGACCAGAUGUCGAUACGAGCCAACGACAUAGUUGCCGGGCUGAUCGGUGCCGGUGCCGUUGUUGGCUCUAGGGUCUGUGUUCUUCUCACCCCGGCCCUUGAUACAAUCUGCUCUAUCCUGGCCAUUCUCCGAGUUGGCGCUGUCUAUAUUCCCCUAGACAUCCGCAGCACGGAUGCACGACUUGGCGACAUACAGGAAGAGUCCAAUCCUGAUAUACUGCUCUUCCACCCAGACACCGCUGAGCGAGCAGUAAAGCUUAAGGGCAGAGGGUGUACCCUGGUUGACCUCUCCGCGGUGUUGAAGAGCAAUGCCAAAGGCCUUCCACCCGCGUCUGGUCUUGACGACGUAGCUAUGAUACUCUACACGAGUGGCUCGACCGGUAAGCCCAAGGGCAUUCCUCUGACAAACCGCAACAUCAGGUCUCCAAUCUCGGGCAUGAAUCGGAGGCUCAAGCUGGGUAGAGAGGUCGUGCUCCAACAAAGCGGCCAGGGGUUCGACGCUGCCAUAUUCCAGAUCUUCAUCGCGCUCGCGAACGGCGGAACGAUCGUCAUGGGCGAUAAUCAGGGCGCUCCCGCAGAUCUGGCUGAUUUGAUUGAACGUGAGCGCGUCACGUUUACGCUGUUCAUCGUCUCUGAAAUGCAGUCGGUGUUCAAGUGCGGAUUCGAAGCAUUGCGAAGGGCCUCCGCCUGGCGCACAGCACUGUGUGGUGGGGAGGCAUUCACCACAAACCUGGCAGAGAAAUUCCAGAGUCUGGGACACACACAGCUAAGGCUCUGGAAUGCGUACGGGCCGACCAAGGGUUCAAUCAUAUCAUCCUGCGCAGAGGUACAGUACUCCGAGAUAGACAAGGACCAGGAUUUCCGAGUGUCCAUUGGCCGACCGCUUGCGGACUACGCGAUGUAUAUCGUCGAUGCCAAGCGCGAGCCCGUUCCCGUUGGUUUCCCGGGCGAACUGGCAAUCUGCGGCCCCGCUGUCGCCAAUGGGUACUUGAACAGGACAGACUUGACAGCUACGAAAUUCCGCUCUGACACGAUAUCAGUUCGAAGUACCGGACAGCUCUCCGUUGGGGGCCAACUGUACCUCACUGGUGACAAAGGCAGAUUGCUUCAAGACGGCACCUUCGUAAUACUAGGCCGCAUCGACGGAGAUUCUCAGGUCAAGAUCCGCGGCCAACGCGUAGUUUUGGACGGCCUGUCCAACGCGGUGCUGCGGGCAUCGGACGGAGAUCUGGCCGAUGCCACAGUCAUUGUCCGAGGCGAAGACGCAGAGAAUCAACUCCUCGUUGCGUACGUCGUUUUCGACAAAGCCGCCACAGUGAAAGACGAGGCCCAGUAUCUCCGGAGACUCUUGCGCCGCCUACCACUGCCCUCUACGAUGCGUCCGACGCUGGCUGUUCCUCUGCCAAGUUUGCCCUUUACGGACCGAGGCAAGCUCGAUACUCGGGCACUCGCUAAAAUGCCGCUACCUGCGCUGUCCGCGGACGAGGACAUGCCAGAAGAGAAGCUCACGGAAACCGAGAAUCGACUCAAAGCCGUGUGGAGAGGUGUGCUAGGCGAGGCCGGCGCCUCCGUUCCGAUAUACCGCGAGUCCGACUUCUUUUCUGUUGGCGGGAAUUCACUACUGCUACUUCGGCUCCGAGCCGAAAUCCGCCGGGAAUUUGGUAUCGCCAUUCCUGUGGCGGAACUGUUCCAGGCGACUAUCCUGAGAUCUCUGGCCGCUCGAUUGACGGGAGACCACAACAGCGAUGAACCCAGACUAGGGCUCAAUCAGUUUCUGUCCUCCUUACCGGCGCAACCGGAUUCCAAGGGUCGGAGAUCCUGCGACAGCUCGUCACUCGGCCUGAAGUUGGCCGUAUCUACUGCGCCGCAGUCCGACGAGACCCCGGAUGGAAACCCAGAGAAACUCAAGGUCGAGUCGCCAAAGAUUGUGUGUUACACAGGAGAUCUAUCUCUGCCCAUGCUAGAAAUGUCCGAGCAGCAGAUUGCCGAGGUCGUCCGGGAAGUGGACGUCAUCAUCCACAAUGGCGCAGAGGAACUGGCCAGCCUGGCCCUUCACUGCAACAUUCCGAUCCACUACAUCUCCACGGGAGGUGUAGCCCUGCUCAGCGGGCUAGACGAGCAGCCAGAGGAGUCGCUUCGCUCAACACCGCCACCGACCGACGGCGCUUAUGGCUACAUCGCUUCCAAGUGGGCUAGCGAGGUUCUGCUGGAGAAACUGCAUGACCGAUCAGGCCUCCAGGUAUCGAUCCACCGGCCCAGCAACGUGACUGGCGACGACGUCCCUGCCAAAGAUAUCGUACACAGCGUCAUCCGUAUGUCCAAGUUAAUGCGCACGGUUCCAGACCUGACUGGCUCCCGCGGUAGUUUCGACUUCAUCCACGUGGAGACCAUCGCGCGGAACAUUUGCGACGCGGCGAUCUCGAGCGCUGCGAGCAGGUCACGCUCGUCGCUGUCCUUUGUGCACCAGAGCGGGGAGACUGUGGUACCCAUACAUGACCUCAAGAAGCACCUUGAAGACUCAGCUCGCGACCCGUUCAGCACGGUGCAUAUGGCGGCUUGGGUUGAAGCGGCGAAGGAAAAGGGGCUCAAUGACUUGAUAGCUUCGUACUUGCUGGCCACGAAGGGGGUCAUCAACAUGCCGUUGUUGAGAGUCUGCAGGGGGGAAUAG